AAUUUAUUGUAAUAUUGAAAUAUAUAUAAGAUCAAUCCAACCAUUCUCAAACGGCGUUGAGAAUAACGCUAUAACAGCGAAAUCCCACGGAUUUGACAAAUCAAAAUCUAUCUUUCAAAAAAACGCCAAAACAAUUGCUGUUGGAAAAGUUAAAGAAGUAAGAGGUAGUAGCGGUGAUCCCCAGCGGUUAUGCCAACACCACCGCAAAAAACGUUUACGAAAUGUUCGACGAGUAAAAUCGUAGAAAACCAAACAAUUGACGACAUCAACAAGAAUACGCAAAACAACAAGACCGAUCAAAAAAUAAAUGUUAACGAUGCGUUACGACAGCAUGGUGGUGCUACUAAGGACGAUGAUCGUUCACAAGCCGACAUAUCCGUGCAUCGUGCUGGUUCAACGGCAACUUUAGCAACUGAUACAAAGUCCUACAUAAACGGACGACCGAAAACUAUACUAGAAGAUCAUGGCAUAGUACUUGGUAAAGUGAUAGGUACGGGUAAUUAUGCAAAAGUAAAAAUCGGGUUCUCGGAGGAGUACGGUAAACGUGUCGCCGUUAAAAUUAUAUCAAAAGUGAAAGCGCCAGCCGAGUACACGACGAAAUUUCUACCACGUGAAAUUGAAGCCGUCAAGGGAUUGCAUCACGAGAACUUGAUAACGUUCUAUCAAAGUAUCGAGACUAGUCAUAGAGUCUACUUAAUCAUGCAACUGGCUGAGAAUGGCACACUCCUCGAUUAUGUACGUGAAAAGAAGUUUCUAGAAGAGCCACAUAGUCGCAAUCUGUUUCAACAAUUAAUCAGCGCUGUCGAAUAUAUACAUUCCAAAAACGUGGUGCAUCGUGACAUAAAAUGCGAAAAUCUUCUACUAGAUGAAACCUAUACGUUGAAGCUAAUCGACUUCGGUUUCGCACGCAAAGAUACGCGUACCUCAGAUCAGCAGGUGAUACUCUCGAAAACCUUUUGUGGCAGCUACGCAUAUGCGAGUCCAGAAAUCCUUAAAGGUAUUGCCUACGAUCCUUUCAUGUCCGAUGUCUGGGCAUGUGGUGUUGUCUGUUAUGCAAUGGUUUUUGGGCGAUUACCCUACGAUGGUUCCAAUGUGCACAUACUCCUUAAACGUAUUAAUGCAGCACUCGCUUUUCCUAAGAAUCCGACCGUCUCUGCUGAUUGUAAACAGUUAAUUGGUCAUAUAUUGGCGCCGUUGAAAGUACGUUAUGCUAUACCACAGAUUAAAGAAGAUCCUUGGUUCAAUAAAAACUAAUAUGGGAAUAUACUUACAAGUGAUAAGAUUUUCCUAAAACUAUUUGGAAAUGAAAUUAAAAGUUUUAGUUUGGUGCGAAAUU